GUUGUCCAGCUUCUUACAGCCAUCUUCCCCAAAACCAAGGUUAACGCCUUUUCCUACCCGCCUGAUGGACCCCAAGUCAUUUUGGUUCCGAAGGACCUGAAGGAAAACUUGCUUCAGAUUCAUUUUAAUCUCAUACUUCAGAAUCAUUGUCACUGUGAUUGUGUGCCAGAGUUGGAUUUCAACAUCUGGACGAAUCAGAAAAGCAUGCAAGACAAUACUUCAGAAUCUUCUACUUCGAUAACUCAACUUCUGAGAGAGAGCUAUUUAGCAGAAAACAACCAUCAAGGGAUUAGUGAAAGAAGUAGAUCAGAACCAUCUUCACAUUCUUUCCAUUGUGGCAGUAGUUCGGGGACUUCAGAAGAGGUGACUGGCCAAGAUGACCUUCCUGAUCUUUCUGCCUUUUUGAGUCAAGAAGAGUUGGAUGAAAGUGUGAACCUGGCAAGGCAAGCCAUCAAUCAAGAUCCACUUGAGAACAAGCAGGACGAACAACAGAUACAUGUGUUUUACCCUUCUGUGUUAAAAAACUCUGGAAAUACAGUUUCAAACGAACAGCAAUUCCCAUCUACUAGAGCUUCACCAACUUCAGACAACAGUCUAAGGAAACAGCAAUUUGGUUCUGAGACAGAAUCAAAAAAGGAAUUCCUUAACAAGGCUGCAGAUUUUAUUGAGGAGCUUUCUUCUCUUUUCAAAGCACACAAUUCAAAAAGAAUCAGGCCUCGAACAUGCAAAAACUACAGGAGCAAACUUGAAUCUAAAAAUAAGGCUACUCAUGACAGUAGUUCUGCUCUCUCAAAUCUAUCUGAAAACAGAGAAAGGCCUUGUGAUCCAGUACCUCAAGAUUUAGUUGUAGCUGAGCACUCACUUGAAAGCCCAGAUAAUCCUCCACAGGCAGACUUGGAAGCUGUCAAUCAGUUAGAAAGUUCAGGGUUAACAACAGAGUCAUCUGCCGCAUCUUUUUAUUCUGGGGAGCCUAUAGGCCAACCACCACAUUUUACUCAAAAGCUGAAGAGCAGGGAGGUCCCUGAAGGAACCAAAGUGCAGUUGGACUGUAUUGUGGUAGGAAUUCCAACACCUGAAAUCAGGUGGUACUGUGAAGGGAAAGAGCUUGAAAACUCACCAGAUAUUCACAUCAUCCAGUCAGGGCAGCAGCAUUCGCUGAUCAUUGUUGAAGCUUUUGAAGAAGACACAGGGCGUUACUCCUGCUUUGCUUCUAACAUCUAUGGGACAGACUCAACCUCUGCAGAGAUCUACGUAGAAGGAGCCUCAUCUUCUGAAUCUGAAAGUGACACCAGCAAAGAAGAAAUGGAUCAAUACCAAAACCGCUCCAAGAUCUCUUCAAAGGUGCCUCCUCCUCCUCCUCCUCCUGCUCCUCCUGUUAAUGCCACCCAUCAAGAAGCACCCAAAACACCACCUUCUAUGGUACACCCAGUGUCGAUACCUGUCCACCAUAGUCAAAGCCCCACUAAUUAUUUACAAGGAUUGGAUGGAAGACCCAUAAUAGCUGCUCCAGUGUUUACCAAGAUGCUGCAGGACAUUUCAGCCUCUGAGGGUCAGCUGGUUGUGUUUGAAUGCCGAGUGAAAGGAGCCCCUUCUCCAAAGGUUGAGUGGUACAGAGAAGGGACGUUGAUAGAAGACUCUCCAGAUUUCAGGAUAUUACAGAAAAAACCUCGCUCUAUGGCUGAACCAGAGGAGAUUUGCACGUUGGUCAUCGCUGAGAUAUUUUCAGAAGAUUCUGGGAGCUUUACAUGCACCGCUAGCAAUAAAUAUGGGACGGUCUCCAGUACAGCUCGUCUAACUGUAAAAGGAACUGAGGACCAGAAUAAUAAUGCUGCUCUUCACACUAUAAGUUCAAUCGGUUUAGUUGCUGCUGAGCACCAGCCUUCUGCACCUCUCUCGUCACUUCCAUUGGUUUAUCAGCCUCCAAAGCCUAAACUGGAAGGAGUUCUUUUAAACCACAAUGAACCUCGGUCAAGUUCCAAGAUAGGCCUUCAUGUGCACUUUAAGCUGCCAGAAGAUGAUAAAGGAAGCGAAACGUUGUCAGAGGAUGGAGGAAGAGCUACAAAUCAAACCAGACCAAACUGCUUCCCAGAUAAGAUCAAUGGACAGAUAUUUAAAAAUCAGGAGCCAACCUCGCCUUCAAAAGAGCCACCUCCUGUGUUGGCUAAACCAAAACUGGAUCCCACCCAGUUAAAACAGCUACACAACCAGGUCCUGCUUGAGCAACAGCAACCAUCUCCACCACCUCCACGAGAGCAGUCAUUCAAUAUUGGCACACUGAACUCUUACCAGCCUAACCAGCAGCAGCACCAACCUUCAUCAGCUACGUACAAGCAGUACAAGGGUCCCCCAAUACAGACAUUCACCUACACCCGGCCUAAACAGUUCUUGGCAUCUCAGGACACCAUCCCAGCAGUCACCUCCUCUUCCAGCUCCCCCAUGCCUUCGUUCAGCAACAUACCUCAAGGAGCCCACAGAGCAACCAACAAGGAGAACUUCUUAGGAUCUCCCCCACCAGGCCAGACAAGGUCUCCAGCAGGCAGGACAAACCAAACUGAGCAGCCUCUUACAAGUCCCAAAGAACCUGUGUUGCCACCACUGUUGCUUUCUGUAUCUAGCAUGAAUCAGUUCCAGCCCCAACAUGUGCCUCUUACUCCUCUCUCUCCAACUGGUCGGAUUCAGAACCCGGUAGCCUUCCUUAGCUCUGUUCUUCCUUCUCUUCCUUCUACACCCCCAACGAAUGCCAUGGGUCUACCCAAAAGUGCACCAGCUGCGGGAAGCCAGGGAAUGACGAAGAAAAAUCUUAGGUCUUUGCAGCAAUCAACAGAAGAUUCAAUUAGAGAUCACAAAGCUGCUGUUCUCAAGGACCUGGAGAAAAGGCUGCAGGAUGAAGUAUUUCUACAUGGCCAGCAGAGAACAACCUGUGAUGAAAAUCUGGCUCGCAGGCUUCAGGGACCAAGCAAUGAUACCCCAGUCUUCAACUUUACAGCUCAGGAUGUAUCCAAGGAAUAUAAAAUUUCCAACUUUGAGCAGAGGUUAAUGAAUGAAAUAGAGUUUCGCCUUGAACGAACCCCAGUAGAUGAAUCAGAUGAUGAAAUCCAACAUGAUGAGAUCCCUACAGGCAAGUGCAUUGCCCCAAUCUUCGAUAAGAGACUCAAGCAUUUCCGUGUCUUGGAAGGGUAUCCUGCUACCUUCACUUGCAAAAUUGUUGGAAUCCCUAUACCCAAGGUAUAUUGGUUUAAGGAUGGCAAGCAGGUUUCAAAGAAAAAUGUGCAUUUCAAGAUGAACAGAGAGGGUGAUGGGACGUGCUCUUUACAUAUUGAAGCUACUGCGAAUGAUGAUGAUGGAAAUUAUACAUUCAUGGCUGCAAAUCCACAGGGGAGAAUCAGCUGCUCUGGUCACUUAAUGGUUCAAACUCCUCCAAUGCGUGGUAGAUUAACAGCAAUCCAGUCUCACAGGGGAAGGUCCCGUAUACCAGAAGGAGAUAAAGAACCUGUACAGGAGCGCUUUUUCCGGCCGUAUUUUCUACAGGCACCUGGGGACAUGGUAGCUCAUGAAGGACGGCUUUGCAGACUGGAUUGCAAGGUGAGUGGGUUACCACCUCCAGACCUGAUGUGGCUUCUGAAUGGCAAGCCUGUUUUACCUGACACCGCUCACAAGAUGCUGGUCAGAGAAACUGGAGUUCACUCUCUACUUAUUGAUCCUCUUACACAAAAUGAUGCUGGAAUUUACACUUGCAUUGCCUCCAACAAAACAGGACAAAAUUUGUUCAGUUUGGAGCUUAGUGUUGUCGAAAAGGAAGUUAAAAAGGCUCCAGUGAUCCUAGAGAAGUUACACAAUUGUGGAAUACCAGAAGGACAUCCAGUCCGACUAGAAUGCAGAGUGAUUGGAAUGCCACCCCCAGUCUUUUAUUGGAAGAAAGACAAUGAAAGCAUCCCUCCCAGCCGAGAAAGAAUGAGUAUGCAUCAAGAUGCCACAGGGUAUGUUUGCCUUCUGAUUCAGCCUGCCAAGAAAGUGGAUGCUGGCUGGUACACUUUGUCUGCAAAAAAUGAAGCUGGUAUUGUUUCCUGCACUGCUAGACUUGAUAUAUAUGCACAAUGGCAUCAACAGAUCCCUCAGCCGAUAAAGAUUCGCCCUGGUGGCACCCGAUACGCAAAUCUCACGGGACAAGGACUCGACAUUUUUUCUGCUUUCUCUGCUGUUGAGAAUCCAAUGCGGUUUUCAUCACCAUCCCAGCCUGUGGUCGAAAGUGAAGAACUUUAAAAACCUCUGGUUCCAAUUUUUCCUGCAAAAGAACCCCAUAACUAGAACUGUGAAAAAGAAUGGAAGGUACAAGCCAGGAGACUCAAGGUUUACAAGCAACUUGUAUUUGUUGAGUGACUAUAUAGUUGCUGCGAUUCCUGUGAGUAACAUAGUGUACGAGACCUUAGUGCAGAAUUGUACUUUGGGGUCACUGUGGUAUAGAAUGCACUACAGCAAGUUCAGCUCUGUGCUAUUUCCCCCCUCCCCAAGUGUUAUGAAGGAAGUUGACUGAGUUUUCAGCUGUGAAGAGAAGAAGCUGUACCCACUUUUUUCUGCUUGAAUUUAAAAACUACUGUACAAUGGUAAAUGUUUUGGCAAUGGUAAAUAUUUUGGAUGUCCAGCUGAACAGUAUCUGCAGAAGUAUUAACACUGUGAGAAUUUUGAAAGAGGGUAAACCACAUGACUUUGAAUAUAAUCUUUUAAAAGUGGCUGACAGUCACAAAGCACAAGUCAAAACAAAAAACAAAAAAAGCUGAAAGGUCUGUUUAAUAGGAGUACAUAAUCACAUCAAUACGAGAUCCGGAGAACUCAAAACUAGAUAAGCGUAGCAUUUCAAACAGGAACUGCUAUACACAGUAGAACGUUAAAAAAAGUUGUGUGGGUUUAUGUUCCAUGAAUUUGUGUACCCAUGGUGUAUUAAAUCAUAAUGUAAGACACCAUGCAUAUAGUUUGGACAUUAACAUGUGCAAUUAAACAGCUUAUAUCCUACAAAACCCAUAGUAUAUAGACACCACAGCUAUCAUUGCUAUAUGCAUUUUGAAGUGUGCUUACUUGUUCUUUUCCCAUUUUAGGAAUUCCUUAAUUUGAAACAAAAAAAAAUUGCAUACAGGUUAUUUUUGUUUCAUGGUGAUAUUAAUUCCUUUCUCAGUCUAAGAUUUGGAUAAUUGUAUAUGAUGUACUAGAAAUCUGGAAGGAUGUCAUCCAACUUCUUUGCAAGUGGACCUAUAACUGUACCACAUUUCCAGGCAGACAUAACUGACCCACUUCCCCUUAUCCCCCCUCCCACUUUGGACACACUCAGAUGAGAAAGUACUUCUACAGAUAUUCUGUACUAAGCUCCAAAGAAGAACUGCAGCCUGGUCCUGUUAAACUAAUUUGUUUCGUUUUGGAUACUGACAAUGCUCCUAAUUUUAAAAGAGGUAAUUCUGCAUCCGUGAUUCUGGGACAAAGCUUUAAUGCCUUCUUUAAAAACCGUCCCCCUCCAAAAAAAUAUUAUUUGCAAGUGGUAAAAUGAAUACACACAAGAGGUAUUUCAGAGGGACAGGUAUUUAACAAUACAUCUAAUUUACCAGUUUAACUGUAUUUCUGUUCUAUUCAGUAUUCUAAGCAAACUCUCCAUUAAGGCUAGAAAUACGUGUCAGCAUUUUGUUCCCGUUUAAACUAUUGGUCAGAUGUGUGAUUCCCAUUUCAUUACUGAGAGACUAAUCCGUUGCCAUCAAGUCUACCAAAGACCUCCAUAAAAUGGCAUUGCUGUAAGUAUUAUUAGAAGUGAACAGCUACUUGGCUGUAUAAUCUGCAUGAAGUCCCAACCCUCCCAAGGAAUAUUAUUAAAUUCUACUCCAAAUCCAGAGCCUGAGAUUUUCUACUUUUGCACUAGUGAUAAAUCCUGAGAUCACUAGCAUUUAUCAUAGCUUUCAUCACUGAAUAACCAAGCUCAUGGGAAGUCUGCCAGAGAUUCAGUGAUUCCACAUUGUCCAAAUAUAACUGCUGGGAGUUUCUUUGGUUAAAAGGAAAGGGGAGAUACUCUGCUAUGUUUUAAAGGAUAUAUACAAACAAAGGACAGAUGCCUCAUGAAUUUGAUAUGAGGUUCCUGAUGGCUCUUGACACAGGGAAACAGAAUAUGACAGCUGCUGUCUUUAUUCUGUCAUUGCUAGUUAGUUCAGGGUGUGAUUCUGAUGUCAAUAAGACAGAGUACAUUGGACAGCAAUGGCAUUUAAGACCAUCUUCUCUGCUUUAUUUUAAAUGAGCAUGGCCAGCCCUACUAUUAGGCAAGGUGAGGCAGAGCUUGGAAAAGUUACUUUUUUAAACUACAACUCCCAUCACCCCAGCCAGCAUGGCCACUGGCUGGGGCUGAUGGGAGUUGUAGUUCAAAAAAGUAACUUUUCCAAGCUCUGAAGGUAACUGGGGGCCAGUGGCAACAGUCCUCUAGCGGUUCCUCUUAAGUCCCCUAGCCAUUCAUCUCUGUUGAAGGAUAAAGCUUUAUGAUCUGUCUUCGACCUCCUAAACCAGCUUGCUGCCAUUAGGUGCUGUGGAGGACACUAUCCUUCACCAACUUGCCCUUCACCUCAGGCAGCAAAAUGUCUGGGGAUGGCCCUCUAAAUGUGGUAAAAAACUGGACUGUUCUAAUGAUACAUGAUACAUGAAGUGAUUUACAGAUGUGUAUAUAUCACACAGGCUUCUUGCUGGAGGAGGGAUUGUAAACAGUGAGGUCAGAGGAAAAUGAAUUGCAAAAUAAAAAAGCGGAGAUAAUGGUAAUUACGUAAUAAUUGAAGUCAUUUACAAAACAGUUGUUGAUGAUAAAACAGACACCCUGGAAUUAGGUACGGUAAUCAGCAUAUUUAGUGUGAUUUUUUUUAAAAAAAAAAACCUGUCCCAAUUCAAGCCACAGUUGAUAGCAGUGAAACUCUGUAUUAAUUUUGAUUCAGUGGUUUCAUGUUGCAGUCUCCCUAUGAAGUUCCUUUGGUCAAGGAUGGCCACUUUUAAGGGCAGUUUUACAAUAUUUUGUAAAGCAGCCCUCAGUUGUGAUAGAUUGCUGUGGUCAUUGAUACUGCCGAAACGGUUGCUGUGGUCACUGAUAUUGCCAAAGCACAUUACAGAUUCUCUGCCAUAGUUUUCUUCUUGUACAACAUUGUUUGACUUCUCUUUUUCCUUUAUUUAAUUGAACAGAAGCCAAACUGAUUUUGCACUAUUAACAAAUGAUUUUUGCUUAUGCAGUAAAAGUCGUACCUGCUAAAUUCCAGAAGGGCAGAAUUUCCAUGACAACAAAAUGAAUGCAUUAUCUUUUAAGUACUCACUUAGGACUCAGUCAUUUUAGAAUUAUUCUAAGUAGAUAUUUGGUUCAAUAAAAUGUAAAGAACAUAAAAUGAAUAGUUUUGUAUUAAGUAUUUCAAGAUUCCUAUCUUCAUAAAUAUAUUUCGCUUCUUGUUCCUUUCUGAGCUUGGCUAUGGCAAUACAAACUUUGGGCCAUCCAAAAGACACACAAAAAUCAGCAUAUUGUUUCUGAGAACACUAAUAAGCCAGAAAGUUGCUCCCAUGCUUUGAGACUAUUUAAUAUAUAGCAGCCUAAAUCAGUCCCAGUUCAAGCCCAGUUGAUAGUAGUGAAAUUCUAUAUUAAUUUUGAUUCAGUGGUUUCAUGUUGCAGUCUCCCUAUGAAGCUCCUUUGGUCAAGGAUGGCUAAACGGUGAGUCUCAGGUGAGCACAGCACCAAAACACAACAUUGUGGAUGUGUGGCUUUGAAGGUAGAUUCAUCAACUGAAAUAGUUAGUAUUGGAAACAAACACAACCCUCUGUUGUUCUCAUAGGCAGGCAAAAUGUGAACAAACCAACUGACAUCCUCAUAUUUUAGAAUGACUGAAAAUUAUGUCAACUGACCAAUGUAUGCUUCAAAAUAUGCUGGAAACUUGCUCUGAGUCAGAGAAAUGCAAUAUGUAAUACAAAUUGUGAAUUUUCUUAAUAAAAGGAACUGUACUAAUAA